ACAGGGUGAAUCAAACUCUAUAUUUAGGAAGAACAACUGGAAGCUAUGACAGGAAUUCCCUUUUACACUUUGCUUCUCAGCCGAGUCCCACUCCAGCCUGGAGCAGCUCUCAGUGCCGUCCGGGCUGAAAGCAUCGGAGCUAUUUCAGACACAUUAAAAGGAUCACAGUCAAUACCUCAGCUGGUAGAAGAAGGUGCCUCUUUCAGCAUCAAAAGGAGGUGCACGUACUCACUUGACGGUUUGGAGCUUUUCUUAUAUAAGUAAAUAAGGAUAAGCCUCUGUCUUAAAAAUGUCAAAACAGCCAGCAUCACAUGUCAAAGCCAUUCAGGCUAAUAUUAACAUCCCAAUGGGUGCCUUUCGACCUGGUGCAGGCCACCCUCAUAAAAGAAAAGAAUUUACACCUGAAGAAGUGGAGGAGAGUGUUCCUGCUUCAACAGAAGAGGAGAAAGACAAGAAACAUCUCCCAGGAGCUAAGAAACUUCCAGGUCCUGCUGUCAACUUGUCAGAGAUUCAGAACAUAAAGAGCGAGCUGAAAUUUGUCCCCAAAGCUGAACAGUAGCUGGAACAAGCAGGUCUGACAGGAGAAACCGAAUGGAUUCCAAUGAAUGGAGAUAAUUUGAAACAUUUUAUAUAUUUGUAUGAAGACUCUGAACUUCCUAACUCUGCAAUAUCCCAUAGGAAGCAUCUUGGUACAUUUACAUCAACACUUUAUUCUUGUCCCUUUUGCUUAACAUAGGAAAAUACUGCUGAAAUAAAACAGAACACAGCAACUAGCAGUGAAUGUAUGUAUAUUCAGGAAUGAUUUUGACUUGAGAACAGGGAAUAGUGUAGUUUGAAGUUUGAGCAAAAGUAGAAUGAAUACUUAAAAAAAAAAUUAUUUGCAAUUAAUUUGGUUUCUUCUUUUGAAAAAAAAAAUCAAUGGGGACAAAAGAGUUUUAAACUGAUUUGACAAAAUGCAGAAUUAAUGAGGAAUGUAACAUCUAAUUUCCUGCUGUGUAUUCCUGGUUAUAGAACAGGAAUCUUGUAUCAUGUGUGGUAAAGGAAAUGAAAAUAUUAAAAGGGAUGGUCUCUCUGAUGAGUUUAGCUAAAUUCUUCUUGUUGUUGUAGAGCCAAAGUAUUUCUUUUUCUUGAGAAUCUAAAAUGCACUGGUGUACUGAUAUUUAUGCAUUACCUUUACCUUAUACAAUGAAAAUACAAGAUGGGAGCUGGCUGACAGAAAACCUGCAACCUUUAUUCAAAUAAACAGGUCAAGCAGCCUUGAUGGAACACGCUCCUGAGCACAGGCUGAAGCAUCACCGCCUCCAAAAGCCCAAAUAAAAAGGGGACACUGAAAUACUGAUGCUGAGCAAAAAGCAUGCAUGAUCACACCAACUCUUGCAUACGAUGCUUAAUCCCUGGCACUUGUUUUAUACGGACUGUACAUAAAUAGAGACUGUUUGAUGCAUAUUCUAUUUUUGGAAAUGAGAUCUUAUUGUUAGAGAAAUUUAAUACACUGUGUCUCCUUGGUCUCUCUUGUGUUAUUUACUGUGAAGGGAAAAGAGGAGUUGUUUUGUAACAAUAUUCUUCUACUGUUGAUUGAAAACUGUUCUACAUGCUCUGAAACUCUCUGCCUGGCUCUUGUUUAUUCAAUUAAAAUAAAGAUAAUUAUUCUGGUUAGAAAGCAGAUUUCAAGUUGAAUAUUACUAACAAUGACAUCCCUUUAAUUCUUGUUUGCUACAUCAAAAAAUACAAAAGCUAACCUGCAAUAUUUUUGUAUUUGAAGUUAUUACAUAUACAUGCAUGGCUUUGAACAGGAAAUUAGAAAGGAGCUCUACUUGCUGCAGCUCAAUUAAAAGGACAUUCUUGUAUUUUUUACUUUCAAUAUGCAAUACCGACAUUGCUCACUAUCCUGCUUCGUCCUUAUAUGCUUAUGUCUGAUUUCCUUUAAUGCGUUCCUUGGAGGCGAAUGUCCCCAAAAAACAGGUUGAAAUGAAAGUGUCAAGAGGCAAAAUGCAUCAGGAGCACCUUUCAUUUACAUACCGAUAAGAUUAACAUGUCUAUUCAAUCGAAAAUGAACUAUUUUCCCCCACACUGCAUUAUCAGUCACUGAUAUUGAACUGCAUUGUUCCUUCCAGUAUGGAAGUGAUAAGAAGAGGAGAAAACACAAUCCCUUGAGCCAAAGGCAUGUUGAAGGCGAGCUGAGUCAGGGCCUCUGCUUUUAUUAUUCUUUACUCACUUUAAAAAUACUAAUUUCAGAGAACUGUGGAAAGGUGAAGCCACAUUUUUUCCCCUCUUUUCACAGUUAGGAAACUUCAUCAUUUCUGGGGAAAUUCCAGGGGGUGGGCAGAGCUAGGACCACAUCCCAGUCAUCGUGUCUGAAUGUGUAAGUGAAAUAAAAAAACACCCACCCCUGACACAGAAGUGUGCUUCUUUUGGCAGAUUUCAGCUCCUUGCUACAAAGUGGAGGUGCACCACCAGUGGCCAUCGAAAUAUCUUCAUGGUGGGGAGAGGCUAGGCAGAGCUUUUUCUCAUCUUCAUAUUUAUUUUAAAUGAAAUUUCACAAUAUAUGUAACUUCAAACCAACUCAAGGCUGACAGCUAUGGGGCGUGGGGAUCAGUGAGGACCCCGAGUUAGGUCUUAGCAUUAUGAGGAAUCUUUAUUAAAGCAUAAAAUUAGCAUCUAAGUUCUAGAAAAACAGGAGGCUAUGAAGGCUCUCUGUGUCUCAGCUAGCUGUUAAUGACUGGUCUGAUCCAUCAUGUGCUAGUGAUGUUACUUUUCAUCGAAGCCUUAUGAAAGGGUCUGGUUGUGGGGCAUCCACAGACCAGUGAGAGGAGCCCCAAGCAACUCUGCAGUCUAUUACUUCUGGCACGGAAAAUUUUGCCCCCCAAAUGUUAGAUUUUGGCACAAUUUUAGGGAAAGAUUGAGGUCUUGCACUGAAAGAUGAGCACAGAAAUACAUAAUAGCAGAUCAUGCUAAAAUCAUGCCUGUUUUAUAUGGUUGUGUGCCAGGCUUUGUCAGUAUGAGCCAAGCCCGCUAACAGCUCUACAUUAGCACCUCGCUAAUGAGAUGAUACAUGACCACCCCUCAACAGUGAAGCCAGAGGAAUGGUUGCAGCAAAAUAAAUAGUUACCGUAACUGAACCACAGAGAAAUAAACUACCCUCCACCCCACAACGCCUAACCUGCUUAAUGAGGAACUCAUGAAAUAAAGCAAAAUAGCCAGAUUUCAGCAUCAUCCCUAUGCUCUGGUCUCCACACGGUGCUGGCAUGACAGUAAAUCAAAGGGACAGUAUUGCCCUGGUGUCAUUAAGCUCUGGGCAUGUAAAACGGAGGAAGAGUUUCCUUUGUUAACUCCCUUCCCAGUCCUCUGCGCAGUAAUUUUUUUUGUCCCAAUGCCGAAAGAGAGACUUCUUUAAUCUAACUGAACAUAUUUUUCUGAGAAAUUGCUCAACAAUGUGGUGGAGACAUGUUCUGUUAGAAAACCAGAAAUAGUCAUUGCGCUGUGCCCAAGGCAAAGGGUUUAGUCUAAUGAGACACCAAAACCUCGGCACAUUCGGGGGGAGACUUUUAAUCAUCGGCCACGUGAACAAAAACACACUGUAAUGAUUCCUCUGAUCAUCUGCACAGAAAAAUCCAAAUGCAUUGAACUUAGAGGUAAAGAUAAAGGUAGAGAUAAAAUAAUAAUUACUGUUACCGGGAAACUUUUGGUGAGUUUGAAUGUAUUUCAAUUGCUGACUCUGAUUUAAUCACUUUCAAUUAAAAGAUUAAAAUGCUUCUGCAUUUCUAAGACAAAUAGUGUUACUUGCCUUAAAACUCUGGAGGUUUAGCUGUAUGCAUAACUUGAAUUAUAGAACUAAACCAGCAGUUUUGCAUUUUCUCUGGUGGUGUAAGCUAUUAUUUUUAGUAGUAAAAGGAAGGCCCCACUCUACUACUUUACUUACUGUACCAGAAAAACAUCUGUAGUUACAAGAAACUGUGUUUAUGGACGUGAAUUCCCAAAAUCAACAUCUUGAGAUACAGUUCAUUGAGUUCAGUGGCAUCUUACCAGGACUGUGCUCAGUGCAAUCACAGGGGCGAUAAAGAUGGCCUUUCUAUUUAUCUCUUGUUCCAUGCUGUCUGUAAAUUAUUUAUGGGAAGAUGUAAUAAAAAUCCAGCACUUUGGCCAUUUUGUAUUAUAAAAAAUUGAUGUUGAGAGAAGAGAAUCAGAGAAGGCUGUCCAAGGAAAGUAGUUGUGUUUAUCUUGGUAAUAGCUUUAGGGCCAAAAUGUUGAAACAAUUUUCUUUUGCCCUUGUGACUAAGUCCUGGUUUCCCUGUGUGCACAUUUAAUUUGAAUGAAAUUCUGCUUUAUAAGUGAAACAGAUGAUUGAGCAAUGUGCUUGGCAAAAAAAUCCUAAUUUUGGUAUACAAGCUGCCUAGUCCUACUGGUGCAUGAAUAAUUACAAAGGAAAUUCCCCCUAAUGCCAGUUUUUUGGCCCUCAGCAAGUACUGCAGCUUUGCUCCUUAAUUUCCCCCCCCCUCGACAAAACAGUUCUCUGGAGACAAAAAACUAAGAGUUGGAUAUAAGAUCAGUCAGACUUGGUAAAAUACAGUUUUCCUGAGUCUUUGGAAGCAGUCUAAAGCCAUUUAUAAAAUAAACACAUCUGUUCACGUUGUACUCGCUUCCCACUACGUUACUUUGCAGUAACUAUGAAAUGGGUGUUUUCAAAGAUAUCCUACAGAAGACUGGUGACUAACUGCAAGUGCAAUAGCAAAGUGACAAUGUUCUGCCCCUGAUACCAACCGCGGGUCUCAUAUGCACCAGUG